CCUUUACGAGUCCUGAGCCUCUACUUAACGGAUACUCUCAUCCUUGCGACUUAUUAUCCUCCAUCAACAACAACUCAAGAAGGAGAAGAGUAUAUUUCAAUAUAUAUACAACAGCACUAUUCCAAAGCUCACCACAUCUCUCUGGUCAUGUUGGUAGCUGGAAACGCUUUGAAUUGCCUUUUCAUUGACACCAGUAGCUUCCAGAGAUAUUUGAGGUUUGGAGUGACGCAUUUCAAUGGUGGUGGGGUUGUGAAAAGCUGUAGAAAGGAGGGGUUUGUCAUAGAUGAACGCGGGAAGUUAAAAAGAUUCAACAAGAAGAAACUCUCCAGGAGACGAUGUGGCUCUUUGAGAGGGAGAGGAUGGAAGUAUGGAUCCGGUUUUGUAGAUGGGAUUUUUCCUGUUCUGAGUCCCAUUGCUCAGAAGAUUCUGAGCUUCAUUCAAAGAGAAACUGAUCCUGAGAAAGUAGCUGAUGUCCUUGGAACUCUCCCUUCUACGCAUGCCUCAUGGGAUGAUCUAAUCAACGUUGCUGUGCAGCUCCGUUUGAACAAGAAAUGGGAUCCUAUUGUCCUGGUGUGUGAGUGGAUAUUAACGAGGAGCUCCUUUCAGCCUGAUGUGAUCUGCUUCAAUUUGCUUAUAGAUGCUUACGGACAGAAGCUCAGGUACAAGGAGGCAGAGUUACUCUAUGUACAGCUUCUUGAGUCACGCUGCGUGCCUACGGAAGACACAUACGCUCUUCUUGUAAAGGCUUACUGUUUGGCCGGGCUUAUAGAGAAAGCUGAAGCUGUUUUAAUCGAGAUGCAAAACCAUCAUGUUACUCCAAGUGCUACCGUAUACAAUGCGUACAUUGAAGGAUUAACAAAGAGGAAAGGAAACACUGAAGAAGCAAUCGUUGUUUUCCAGAGGAUGAAGCGGGAACGAUGCAAACCAACCACUGAAACUUACAACUUGAUGAUAAAUUUAUACGGAAAGGCAAGCAGAUCAUACAUGUCUUGGAAACUGUUUUGUGAAAUGAGAAGUCACCAGUGUAAACCAAACAUAUGCACAUACACAGCGCUAGUUAACGCAUUUGCUAGAGAAGGUCUUUGCCAGAAAGCUGAGGAAGUUUUUGAGCAGCUGCAAGAAGAUGGGCUUGAGCCUGAUGUAUAUGUCUAUAACGCUCUCAUGGAAGCAUACAGUCGUGCAGGUUAUCCUUAUGGUGCUGCUGAGAUUUUUUCGUUAAUGCAACAUAUGGGAUGUGAACCAGACAGAGCAUCCUACAACAUCAUGGUCGAUGCUUAUGGUAGAGCAGGUCUUCACUCAGAUGCAGAAGCUGUGUUCGAACAAAUGAAGAAACUCGGCAUAUCACCAACGAUGAAAUCCCACAUGCUGCUUCUAUCAGCUUACUCCAGAGCCAGAGACGUGACAAAAUGCGAAGCCAUCGUGAAAGAGAUGAGCGAAAACGGAGUAGAGCCAGACACAUUCGUGCUAAACAGCAUGCUCAACUUGUACGGCCGGUUAGGACAAUUCACCAAGAUGGAAAAGAUCCUAGCCGAGAUGAUGCAGAACGGUCCUUGCAAGGCGGAUAUAAGCACGUACAACAUCUUGAUCAACGUCUAUGGCAAAGCCGGGUACUUGGAGAGAGUCGAGGAGCUUUUCGAUGAGGUCAAGGAGAGGAAGCUGAGACCAGACGUUGUGACGUGGACCUCGAGGAUGGGUGGUUACUCGAGGAAGAAGCUGUAUGUGAAGUGUGUGGAGAUAUUUGAGGAGAUGAUUGAUUCGGGUUGUGUGCCAGAUGGAGGAACAGCUAAGGUGCUUCUUAAGGCUUGUGCUAGUGAGGAGCAAGUGGAACAGGUUACUGAAGUGAUUAGGACAAUGCAUAAGAAUGUGUCUGUGAGUUCUCUUGCCCCAAAGUUAGUGGCUAAGUCCUUAACUGUGUCUACUUAAUAAAGUUUCGAUCUUUAUGUACAUUAUUCAUGUUAUAAUAUAUGGUCUAGUGUCAUAAUCGCAUAAUGAUUCAGAAAGUGAUAUUUAUAUGAAUAAAGGUUUGGUUUUUAUAACUAAAAAA